CCAGAUAAUAAUAUUUAAUAGGAAUUCUCCUUAGAACAAAAACCACUAUGUAUUUUAAAAACACUGAGAUGUCUCUAAAUACACAUAAAAAUGACGACUACGAAUGGUAGCCACCCGAUAUAAAAAAAAAAAACAAUAAUAAAAUAUUUCAAAAAAGCAAAAUAAACACGCCCCCGGGUGGGCUCGAACCACCAACCUUUCGGUUAACAGCCGAACGCGCUAACCAAUUGCGCCACGGAGGCAUAUGUCGAAACGGGCGAAAUAUCUAAGUACAAGCCGAAGCUAUAGAAUAACGUAUGACUGAGACAACAAUAUCAUCAAAUUGCUUACCUGAGAAACCUGUUUGGAGCUUUCGUGGCCCCUUCACUUCUAUUCGAUAAAGAUUACACAAAAGACACUGUGUUCAAGAUUCUUCAUACAAUUUCGAGACUAAAUUCAUGUUGUUGGAAAGCUAUAAUGCUCAACAGUGUUUAUUAUGACUCGAUUCAACGCCCGUUUGAGGUUAUGUUGACAAGUUAAGUUUAUUCGAAAGCAUAUUUAGUAAAUACAUCGGUUUUGUUUGUUUAAUUGUUGAAAUAAUGAAUUAAACAAGUGUCUUGGUAAUGUUUUGUGUUUAAAUAGCAAAGACCUUGAGUUUAAAAUCGUGUUUUUGUGUGAUAAAGUUGUUCUCGCGUUUGUUUUGGUUGUAAAAACAGUAUACAUUAUUGCUUUCGUUGGUAUUUAAAUUAUCGUGUAAUCAAAACAACCCGUCUAAUAAACAGUAAAGUGAUAACAGAGUGUUUUAGUGUUGUUUCGUCUUUUUAAGUAAAUGGCUAAUCGAGUCCCGGGUACUUGUUGUGCGGCGUCGGUGGAAAGGGCCGGCUUGCCGGGUCUCCUAAGAGACCUUCAGCGACUCUCUGAAGACCAAGAUUCUGCAGACAUCGUUUUCAUCUUGGGAACGUCGGAGGAAAAAGUCUACGCUCACAGGAUUAUAUUAGUAGCCAGAUGCAAGAGUUUCCAAAAUACGAAGCGAGGCGAAGUAUGCCGCAUCCCGGGCUGCACGGUGACGCCAUCUGUCGGCGCGCCCGUACCAGUUCGCAUGCCACACGUACAGCCUGAAACCUUCAGACUGUUCAUACAAUACGUCUACACCGGCAAGCUACUACUUCAAGAUUCAGGCGUAUUUGAAAUGAUGACGUUGUCAGCGGAUUUAGGCGUAGAAGACCUCCGCGCGGCGUGUGAAGACCAUGUUACCUCUACUUUGAGCGUGGAAAGCGCCUGCACUUUGCUAGCAGCUGCUAUGGAUAUUCAAGAUCGUCCAGGUGGUAAAAGCGCCACUUCGUUCCUGGAGCGCUGUGUAGCGUUCAUCGGCGAGCACGCCGCCGACUGCGUGAAGACCAACGCGUUCCUGAACCUGCCCAAGGACGCUCUCAUAAAACUCCUGUCGUCGGACUCCCUAUGUUUAGAAGAGGAGGAAGUAUGGCGCUGCGCGCUAGCCUGGGCGAAGCAACGCGCGGGUGUCACCCAGCCCUGCGCCCACUGGACAGAAGAGGAGCGCGCGCGAGUUUGUCACCACCUUGGGCCUCUUAUGACGCAUGUCCGACUUCUGCUCAUAGACAGUUGCGUGUUCGCGGAAGAAGUGGAACCAACCGGCGCAGUACCAAUGGAGCUGUCAUUGGAGCGCUACAGGCGAGCCGCUCUAACCGCGCCUCAUCACCAUACGCACGACUCGCGCACCAGACCUAGGCUAGCUGUGAACAUGUUCGCCGGCUCCGUCAUCCUGCAACAAGAAAAGAGCGCCUAUCAAGCUGUCAUCAAUAACUGGUGCGGCAGCGGGAAACAAGUAUGGCGUCUACUGUUCCGCGCGUCAGUACACGGCUUCAGCGCGAGCGCUUUCCACAAGCAAUGCGAUAACGUCGCACCAGUUUUAGUUCUCGUACAGCUGUCCCGCGGCGAAGUGGUGGGCGGCUUCAGCGAGGCGGCGUGGGCGGGCGGCGGCGCGGGCGGCUACCUGCCCGCCGAGCGCGCCUUCCUGUUCGCGCUGCCCGCGGGCCCGGGCCAGGGCCCCGUCAAACACCCGCUGCUGAAGAAGGCCUUCGCGUUGUGUUACCAUCCGGAUUGCGGGCCAAUAUUCGGCGCAGGCGCCGACCUACUCAUCUCCAGCAACUGCAACGCCAACAGCGACAGCUACAGCAACCUCCACUCUUACGGGGCUCCUGACGCGUCGGGGUCACUUGCACCCGACUACAACUUCACUGUGCGCGACUACGAAGUUUUCACAUAUAAACACAACUGACUAUUGUAAACUAUACUCACAUCGGGCGCACUCACUAUAGCAACGAUACGGGCUCCUGGCGUAUCAGGAUCACUGGCACCCGACUACAACUUCACUGUGCCCUACUACGAAGUUUUCAACUAUAAACACAACUGGCUUUAGCAAACUAUACUUUCACCAGGCGCAUUCACUACAGCAACGAUACGGGCUCCUGGCUUAUCAGGAUCACUGGUACCCGACUACAACUUCACUGUGCCCGACUACGAAGUUUUCACAUAUAAACACAACUAACUAUUGCAAACUAUACUAACAUCGGGCGCACUCACUACAGCAACGAUACGGGCUCCUCGCGUAUCAGGAUUACUUGCACCCGACUACAACUUCACUGUGCGCGACUACGAAGUUAAGUUACUCUCGCCGGGCGCACUGACAACAGCAACGAUACGGCACCCUUGAUGCGUUAGGAUCAGCACCCGACAACAAUUCCAAAUAGUAAACAAACCCAACUGAACUAUCCGCGAUUUAAAUAGUCCUACGUGAGAAUAGAUCUAUGUGUUAUCUGUUAGGGCCUACGCUAGCUGACGCGGACGCCCGCCGCGUGCGCACGCACGCGGGUGCUAUUUGUAGGUGAAAUCCGCCGCACGCGUCCGCUUCAGUUAGCGUCGCUCAUACUAUUUUUCGUUAACCCGCUCGUCCGCUCCGUGCACCCGCGCCAGCUAGCGGAGGCCCUUAAGAAUAACUUUAAUUGUUUUUAAGACCUGUAGCACCAUUUAUUAUGUGAUCGUCUUCCUACUUAGUUGUUAAAUUUUCUUCUUGAUUAUUUUAAGCUCGAAGUAAUAGAGGUAGAUAAUUCUUGCCACAAAACAUUAUUACUAAUUUAAGGACCUAUAAAUAUUUAUAAGGUACCUUGCUAUCACAAUAAUAUUACAAUAGAUGUAAAUAAAAAAUACAUUAUAUUUUUACUUGAAA